UUGAUGAGAAGAGAAGAACAGGGAAAGAAGGCCGUGAUUCAGUACAAGAACCCAGAACGACUCGCUUUACCCGCUACAGAGGCGAUUAAUCCAGACUCUGAGGCUGCUACUAGCGUAGAACUCAAUUCUGCAGUCAAGCUGGACGAACUGGGGACCGUCUCGCGCAUCGCCAACUGGCAGGAAAUGUCCGACAUAGAAAAGGAGCGGACAUACAAAGUUCUAUUGAAAAGGAACAA